GUUCGCCGCGCGUCCGACAGAGCGCCUGCCGCGUCGCUAGUCGAUCCGUCCGCGCGUCGCGUCGCGUCUGGUUCAUCCACGUACAUACUUGCCGUCGUCAUUGCUGUCACCGUCAACGUCCGCGAUAUAGUCCUCCGAGUUCCCCGGGCACACCAGAGUUCGGCCGUUGCAGUUCGCACGAACCUCGGCCGCCGCCAUGGACCACGUCGGUCUGCUGUUGCAGCACUCGCAAUACGUAUACGCGGUCCCCGUGGGUGUCGUGCUGGUUCUCGCCAUUCUCGUGUUCGCCUUCGGCUUCAAGAAGGCCGAACAGCCGCCGUUCGCGCAGCUGUCCGCGGGCUCCGACGUGGACCGAAAACUCGCCAAGAAGCGUGGCAAGAUUCGUGAGAAGAAAGCUACUAAUGGACAAAUUGCAUCUGAAAAAACAAGCCCAGCUAAAAAGACAUUAACUGCAAAGGCGGAAGCUCCGAGGAAAACUACAAAAGGAGAUGAUGUUGAUGGCAAACUAAAAGAGCGUAAGCAUGAAGACAACAAAAUCACUACCACAACCAAAAAAGAAAAGGACCAACUUUCAGCUAAGAUUGGAAAAGAGAACAAAGUGGAGCAGGUGAAGAACAAGAAAAAUUUGAAGAACUUAUUCCAGGAGAAACCUGUGGACUUUGACGAUGGAGACUGGGAACAAGCCUAUUCUCGUAAGGAUAAGAAGAAUAAGAAGAAAGAAGAGGAAUCCCCUUCAAAAAAAAAUAAAAAAGUUUCUAAGAAGGCUGAUUUAAUAAAUGAGGCUAAGCAAAAAGAACAGGAAAAGCCCGAAAUCAAAGAUAAGAUUGCUAAAGAAACAGAGAACAAGGAACUUAAGGAGAAGGAGAAGAAAGAGGUGAUUCUUACACCUAUCUCUGAUGCAGAAAUAGAUAAAGCCAAAGAAAUGGAUAAAGAAGAACAGAAUAAGGUCGAGAAAGUCGAGAAGGAAGAAAAGAAAAGUGGAAAAUCAAAGAAAAAUAAGAAAGUUGCUGAAGAUGAAAAUACACCCACUUCAGUACCAUCCACACCAAAAUCAGAUAAUAAGCCUGUUGCAGAAGAACCACAAGAAAAGCUGGCUAAUGAGGAAAAAAUAGCUACAGAUAACGAAGAGAAUACAGUGGUAGAAAGUAAGGAAAAAGCUGUUGUGUUCGACGAAUUGGGAGAUGUCUGGACAGAAGCAAAGCCUCAAAAAAAAAGUAAAAAAAAGGCCCGCAAGGAUAACUGAAGAUGAGUAUGCACAAUGUUAAUGAUAUUAUUCCUUACAAAAGGAAAUAGAGUGAGAAUCAUGCUUGGUCCAAAGGGUGUUUGUCGCUUUUGACAAAAUAGGUGUGUUUUAGAUGACUUACUAAUCGCGAUCAUCUGACCAAAAAUCGUUCCUUUCUCCUUGUAUAUAAUAAUAAUUGGACUAGAUUGUUCGAUUAAUUAUGAUUUUUUUAGUUAAUUAUGACUUCCAGAUUGCGUGAGAGCGCUAUAUAUAGGACGAAGAUUUUUUUGUACGUUUUUCAUUUCUCUUAGUCCAUUAUUUUGCAUUUAAUAAGUCGUACAAUUAUCAUUAUUAACGAGACAAUUCUUGUACACAUUAACUUUCUAGGUACCAUUACAUGUUCAUAAUAACAUAUUAUUAUAUUUCACUUGUCUAAUUAUAGGACUAUGUAUACAGUAGAUCUGUAUCAUAAAGUUGUAUAAUGGUUAAGAAUGGUACUUAGACCAUUUAUGUUUCUUUUGUUGAGUAAUCUUAUAAAGAAUAUUUGUACAAUCGUAUUAUUUCUAUAUUAAGAAACAAUUCUGUACACAUUGUCGUCUCGCUGUUACUUAAACGUCAGUUUUAAUCUUUUCAUAUGAAUUUGAAAGGCAAAAUGCAGAAAGUCUUCAGUAUAUUCUACGAUAAUAUUUAUAGCACAAUCUAUAGGACAAUCUCCGAAAGCGGUAAACUUAUAUUGCUGAUGUAUCAUUUAUAAUAUAAUGUUAUGUAUUUUUCUACAUAAUUAGUCGCUAAUGAUAGACUAUUUUUUGUUUUAAAAACAAAGAGCGUUAAAAAUCUAUCUUAUAACAAUUAGUCCAUUCUUAAUUUGUUCUCUUGUUAAAUACAUCAGUAAUAUUGGUUUUAUGGAGUGGUAUAAAUGACAUCACAAAUAAUGACACACUAUGAGUAUCAUACUCCAAUGUGAUAAAAAAAUGGAUAAUUUAAAUAGAAUUUUGAUUUAUCUUAAUGUACAUUGAUAUGUGCAUUGAAUUUGUGUAAUGUACGUUUACAAAGAUAUGUAUAUAAAAAUGUUAAAAAUUUUGAGAAACAAAAACUAUGUGAUAUAUCUUACGAUAACUCACAGAUAAUUCACGGAUUUGUUGCUGUUGUAUAUUUCAUGUCGAUGGAAAUUGAAUAAUGACCCUAAAAAAUUA